GGUAGGAAAACUGGAAUUUAUCUUAUCUGUUUAGCAAAUGACCCUUCUCAGAUGCUUGAUAUCUUCCAUCAAAUAUUUCCCUUUAGAUUGCCCAGAGGCUUUUAAAAACUAGCACAAAUAACAGGAAAAACUGCUUUAUAUCUGUGUAAAAUAUGCUUAAUUGCAAUUUGCAAAUAAAUCUCUUAAUUAUUGUUCAGCCAAGCUCUAGAUUUGAACGGAAUAUAAAACUUUAAAAAAACACCAGAUGCAAAAGGACGCUGCAAUCAACAUUAGGCAAAAUAAGACUGACAAAUAUGAAAGAAAAGACGUUUGAGUAGUUCUAGUAAAAAAGAAACCAGCAGAAACAGGGUUAAUUCUAGCCUUAUAAGGCUGUUCAGCAGCACUUCAACUGCACACAAAUUAGAACAACCCUGGGAAUCUAUAAAGCUUGUUUUAUUGCCAAGGACAUGCAGCAAGAUCUGCAUUUUGCUCUUGUAAACUAUUCUUUAUUUAAUAAGUCUUAAAGCAGAACAGACUUUUAUAUGAUUUUUGUUUUUACUGCUGAAUCAUCAACAGGUGGCAUCCACUGCAGCUCUGCACACCUAAAUGCAAGUUUUUACCGAGAGGACAGUGGAAGUUGGCACAUCCAUUACGUGUGCGCCCAGCAAGGAGCAGCCUGCUGCUGCCUGCAGGAAAAUCAGCUCGGGAGAAAUGGAAUUAAGGUCCAAGGAUGUGCAUUGAUUAUUAAAAGAAAACAAAUGGAGCUAAAAUUCCACUGCCUUCCAACUUGCAUGAAGAAACACUAUUGCUGAAAAGCUUUUAUUAAAGAGAUCCAAGUACCACCAUGGUAAAAAGAUUCCUACAUGAUCUUAAGGCAUACAGGAACUGCAAAUUCUCUCAUUUAAAAUGUAUAUAGUAUCCUGUAAAACAAAUUAAGGCAUUCACUAUUUCUAGUAUUAUAUUACAGUCAGUUUUAAAUCUAAUUAAUCUGACUUUUAAUGCAUUUUAAUUUCCUGUUUAAAAGUCUGUAUCUUUUUCAAGUCCAAUCAAAAAUGCUUACUAGGAAUUCAGUUGCAAACAACCAAAAAUCUGAUUUUUUUGGUAUUGCCACCAAACUGUAAUAUCUUUUCUGCAGAUUUUUUAACCAUGGAAACUUAUUCUGCCUCAGUAUCACCUGUUAUAUGUAACAGCACAGCUUUUAACCUGAAUGGAUCCCAUUUGUGUAACGAAAGCAUAUCCUCUAGACUAGCUGAUAAAUCAGAACACCAACAAUAUGUUAUUGGCCUUUUCUUAUCAUGUCUUUACACAAUAUUCCUUUUUCCUAUCGGUUUUGUGGGAAACAUUCUGAUACUGGUUGUCAACAUUAGCUUUCGGGAAAAAAUGACAAUCCCAGACCUUUACUUCAUAAACCUGGCAGUGGCCGAUCUCAUUCUAGUGGCCGAUUCUCUCAUUGAGGUGUUUAAUCUCGACGAGAAGUAUUACGAUAUCACCAUCAUCUGUACCUUUAUGUCUUUGUUCCUUCAGAUCAACAUGUAUAGCAGCAUUUUCUUUCUGACAUGGAUGAGUUUUGACAGAUACCUAGCACUGGCCAAAGUAAUGAGGUCCAACCUAUUUCGCACUAUGCAGCACGCCAGACUGAGCUGCGGGCUCAUAUGGAUGGCAUCCAUUUCGGCAGCUCUAGUCCCAUUUACGGCCGUGCACUUACAGCACACCGGAGAGGUCUAUUUCUGUUUUGCAGAUGUAAAAGAAAUCCAGUGGCUAGAGAUAACCCUGGGGUUCAUUAUCCCCUUUGUGAUCAUCGGUCUUUGUUACUCAUUAAUUGUCCGAGUGCUCGUAAGAGCGCACAAGCACAGGAGUCUGCGGCUGCGGCGACAGAAGGCUCUGCGCAUGAUUUUUGUUGUUGUCCUGGUUUUCUUUAUCUGCUGGCUCCCUGAAAACGUCUUCAUUAGCGUCCAGCUCCUCCAGAGGAAAAGCGAGCCUGUCUCUUCAAACAGCCCGUCCUUCAGGCACGAUUAUCCUUUAACAGGACAUAUUGUAAACCUAGCAGCUUUUUCUAAUAGCUGCUUGAACCCCUUGAUUUACAGUUUUCUGGGGGAAACCUUCAGAGACAAACUGCGACUGUACAUUGAACAGAAAACAAAAAUGUCAACGUUGCAUCGCUUCUGUCAGGCUGCCUUAACGUCUGUCAUUCCUGACAGUAAUGAGCAAUCAGAAGUCUGAUUUAGUGGCAUUGUAUCAAACAUAUGACUGUGAAGUUGUGCAAAUAGUGAACAAAAUGCUUGCUACUAACAGAAAAAAAGUGCAUUUGUGUGUGUGUAUAUAUAUAUAUAUUGUAUCACUCUAUUGAGUACUGAAGGUUUAUAUUCAAAAUGUUUUUAUGACAAGACUUCAAUGUAGAAGAAUAUGUUUUAGUCAGAUUUAUAUUUAAUUAUGAACAGGAUUAUUAAAAGCUGAGCACUGAAGAAGCUUUAUUUUGUAUUACACAUAUAUGAAUGACAAUAUAAGAGAAAAUUUUAUCAACUUAGGAAGACUGUAGAUGUAAUCUGAUUAUCAGAGAUGAUACUUUGCUGGUGUAUAUGAGGUACUUCCAAUGAAAUAAUGAAGCUUCCAUAACAGUGAGGAAAAAUCAUUACAACAUAUUGAUGUGGAGAUGCAGAAAACAUUGAUUUUUUUUUUCCACCCAAACAUGCUGAGAUGAAUGACUUUGCUUACAAGAACUACACGGUACUAUCGUCACUGUAUUCUAGCAUGUCUUCCAUGAUUAAGUUUUUAAUCUUAAUAUAAUCAAGCACAGUGAUGAGGUUUUGUCUCCUAAAUGUAAUCUACUGUUUACAUCAGUACUUGAUCAAAACCAAAAUCAUCUGUAACUAUAGUGCUCAUCUCAAAGAACUUCACAGAAGCAAAAUGCAGUGCUUCAUUCUGUCUCUUAAGGAUUGACCCAGAUGAUCUCUCUCAGAACAAACAUAAUUGGCCUUUUUGUCAAAAAUGCCAGUGUACACAUCAUGUGCAUUCACACCUGCCUCCAGAUUUGAGUGCACAUUGCACAAAAUCUCUUUACAUUCCAGAACAAAAUGCUGUGAUUUUUAAGGAAGCAUCACUUUCUGCAAAAGAUAUUGCAGAUAUUGUGCAGAUAUUGCUUAUGAAAGUGACAGAAACCUCCAUUUUUAGAAAGGAAGAACAUAUGUAAUGGAGAGUGUGAUUAGUGAUUAUCAGAUCUGAACUUUGUGUACCCCAUGCCACCUCCAGAAAGCCCCAGCCCUCCAAGACUGUAAGCAUUUCAGAUGCUUUGAUCAUUUGAAGAUUAAUUAUACUAAGCAAACAAAUGAUAGCACCA